AUGGCGCAUGCUUGGACGAGUGGUCAGAAAGGUGGUCGGCCGAGUAAAGCUUCUGAAGCGGCACGUAUCGCCUCAGAGACAUCUUUCUUUAGGGUUACAACCAGCCCUGUCGCAUGUCAGACCUUCUAUCGAAGCAACUUCUUUCGAUACUUUGUUGUGAAGCCUGUGAUGGACACUAGGCUAGCAAGUGCCAUCGCCAACUUAGGCGACAAUGCGGCGAACUCAAUCCCACUUAGACUUGAAGACCAGAUCACAUUUCAGCUAGCUCGGAAGCUUAACGCCACGGAACCGUCUCUUCCAGGACACGGCCAUCAUUAUACACAGGUCUCCCCAUGGUUAGACACUACUCAAUGGACCCGCUAUACUCAAGGCCAUGAUCUUCAUGAGCAGCUCGUCUAA